CAACCAUGUGCUUCCGGUUUCGAUCUCAUGAGACGGCAGCUUGUGAAAUCCUAUUCUAACCACAGCUUCGGGUCGACUUGUUGACUUGUGAGCAGAUUUUUGGGUCGACCUAUUGACUGUGAGCAGAUUUUCCUUGGUCGAGCAGCCAGACAAGACCCAUAUACGUUCCAGCUGUGACCAACACACCUGUUUUGUACAUUGGGCACUGGUUUUCCACUCUGUACGUGUUGUGUGACCUCAGAUUCAUCUUUAAGUCUAAACUACUUCCCGUUGCAAACUGUCUGGCAUUUGAAGACGACGGCGAUACAAUGGCUGCAAGUUCCACAGACAAACUUUUUAAGCCGGUGUACAAGAAUGGCGUUUAUGAUAACCCUUUUCCGACAUGGAGAAACAUCAGUUUCUGGAAUGUGAUCAAGUGGCUUGUGACGACCAAGGAUAAUAGCAAUGUACCCAGCAAAGCGGUCCUUGACCGGACCCUGCCUGUUAUCACACCUGACCUCCAAGAACUUGCUGACCCACCAAAAGAAGGUAUUCGCUACAUGUGGCUUGGACAUGCGACCACACUGGUGCAAUUAGAUGGGGUCACCAUACUCACUGACCCGGUCUUUAGUGAACGGUGUUCAUUUGUUCAGUUUGCGGGGCCGAAGCGCUUUCGUCCCUUGCCCCUGAGCAUAAGCGACCUGCCCCGAGUGGAUGUCGUCCUCAUCAGCCAUAAUCACUACGACCACCUCGACUAUGACACGGUCGUGGCCCUGCGUGAGAAGUUCGGCGCUAAGCUCACCUGGUUUGUGCCGGCCGGCAAUGGCAGGUGGAUGCGAGAAACAGGGCGCUGCAAGAACGUCAAAGAGCUGAGCUGGUGGGAGAGCUCAGAGGUGCCGGACCACCCGGAGGUGCGCAUCGUGUGUACCCCGUGUCAGCAUUGGAGCAGGAGGGGAGUCAACGACACCAACAGGGCCCUGUGGAGCAGCUGGAGUGUGCUGGGACCAACCCAGAAUUACUUCUUCACAGGGGACACAGGCUACUGCGCAGCAUUCAAGCAAAUUGGGGCAGAAUAUGGCCCCUUUUCUCUUGCUGCUAUCCCUAUAGGCUCCUUUGAACCAAGGUGGAUGAUGAGGCCCCAACAUGUUGAUCCUGCUGAAGCUGUGUUGAUACACCAAGAUAUUCGAUCAAAACAAUCAUUUGGUAUCCACUGGGGUACUUUCAAGUUGGCUUCCGAGUUCUACAUGGCACCAAAGGAGAAGCUGAAAUCAGAACUGGAAUCAAAGAAGGUUUCUGAGACAGAGUUUUUCACUGUGAAGCAUGGAGAGAUACAUUACGUGAGAGCAGAAUCUUAGGAAAACAGGGACCCAAAGGUCAUAUAUAUACACUAUAAGGACUUCUGAGGGAGACAGGGGUCAAAGGUGAUAUACACUCUGUUAUGACUUCUCUGAAAGAAAAAAAGGUCGGUACUUUACAUUACAGGAUGGUGUUUCAGGGAGCCAAGAGUCAAAGGUCAUAUAUAUGGCUUCUUGGGAAGGAAGGGGUUAAAACUCAUAUGUACUAUGGGAACUGUGGUCAGGGGUCAUUUACAUUUUAUGAAGGCUUCAUGUGAAGACGGGGCUCAAAGGUCAUGUAUACUACAUGGGAACACAUGCAUAUGAGUCUGUGUGUGCACGUGAGUCUGCAUGCAUGUGAGUCUGUGUGUGCACGUGAGUCUGUGCAUUUGACUCACUGCAUGUAUGUGAGUCUGUGUGUGCGUGUAUGUGCAGAGGGAUAUAUGUGCAUCCGUAUGUGUAUAUGAGCAUGCACUCAUAUGUACAUAGGUGUGUGUAUGUAUAAUACAUUCCAGUUUAUAUUUAUAUGUAAAAACAACCAAACAUGGUUGAAGAAUUGCCCUGUAUAUUGAAGUAAAAUAUCACAUUAAGGAAAAAGUUGACAGUGACUUCAAAGUAUUUACUCAGUAGUUACUUUUAUUGAACUGUCUAGUAAAGACAACUAGCUUUAAAACUUUGAAGUCCCUGUCAAUCUUUCA